GAAUUAAUCACAUAAAGGGCGGAAAUCAAAAAUCAAGUUUACGGAAACACCCAUUAUUAUCAUCAUCACAAUCAGCAUCACCAUCCUCCAAUUCGAAUCAUAAAACCUCAAUCCUCGUAACUACUAAAGAUCCAUUGAUGUCAAGUGAACAGCAUAAUUCUGACUACGUAUUAUUAUGA